AUGACUGACCCCAAGGAGCCCGAGAAGGGGGGUGUCGAGCUGGGCACCCCUAAUGCAGCUCCCCCCACAGGGACGAUGUCCACCCGGCGCCUCCGCAGCGAGGACUACAAUGACUACAGCUCCACAGACGUCACGCCCGAGGGGAGCCCGCCUGACGGCAUGAACGGCUUCGUCCAUCCCGGGCCCUACCAGCGCUUCGGGGAGACCAAUGGGACAACGUGGUACCAGACCCUGAUCCAUCUCCUGAAGGGCAAUAUCGGCACGGGGCUGCUGGGACUGCCUCUCGCUGUGAGGAACGCCGGCAUCCUGCUGGGUCCUCUGAGCCUGGUGGUGAUGGGAGUUGUGGCCGUGCACUGCAUGGGCAUCCUGGUGAAAUGCGCCCAUCAUUUCUGCAACAGGUUCCAGAAGCAGUUUCUGGACUACGGGGGUACCAUGAUGUAUGGGCUGGAAUCGACUCCCAUCUCAUGGCUGCGGACACACGCCGUCUGGGGAAGGCGUGUAGUGGGACUCUUCCUGAUCAUCACUCAGCUGGGUUUCUGUUGUGUGUACUUCGUCUUUCUGGCUGACAAUCUCAAACAGGUCAUAUCAACAGCAAACGGGACCACUAAUGACUGCAGCCCCAACAGGACAGUGACCAUGACCCCCACCAUGGACUCUCGGCUCUACAUGCUUUCCCUCCUGCCUUUCGUGGUGCUGCUCACGUUCAUCCAGAAUCUCAAGGUCCUGUCCAUCUUCUCCAUGCUGGCCAACAUGGCCAUGUUUGUCAGCCUUGUCGUAAUCUACCAGUACAUCGUCAGGGACAUUCCUGAUCCCAGUGACCUGCCUCUAGCAGCAGCAUGGAAGACCUACCCUCUGUUUUUUGGCACCGCGGUCUUUGCUUUCGAAGGCAUUGGGGUGGUGCUGCCUCUGGAAAACAAGAUGAAGAACCCCCGGCAGUUCCCGGUCAUCCUCUACGUGGGGAUGACCAUUGUCACCACCUUGUACAUCAGCCUGAGCAUCCUGGGGUACCUGCGCUUUGGGGCGGACAUUCAGGCCAGCAUAACACUCAACCUGCCCAACUGCUGGCUGUACCAAGCUGUCAAGCUGCUCUUCUCCUUUGGGAUUUUCUUCACAUACGCCGUGCAGUUCUACGUGCCUGCCGAGAUCAUCAUCCCUCCCCUCGUUGCCCGGGUGUCGGAGCGCUGGGGCUGGCUGGUCAACAUGCUCCUCAGGGUGGCUCUGGUCAGCGUGACCUGCGUGUUGGCCAUCCUCAUCCCACGCCUGGACAUCGUCAUCUCGCUGGUGGGCUCCAUCAGCAGCAGCGCCCUGGCUCUCAUCUUCCCCCCGCUGCUGGAGAUCGCCACCUACUACGCGGAAGGCAUGCACCCCUUCGUCAUCGCCAAGGAUGUCGUUAUCAGCGUCUUCGGCUUCGUGGGGUUUGUGGUGGGGACGUACGAGGCGCUGGUGGAGCUGAUAGCACCCGCCACCACUGUUGGGAACGGCACCAGUGCCAUGGGGCCGUGA